CCGGCUCCCAUAGCUACCAGAGGAGGCGGCGGCCAUCUUGGCGGCGGCAGCAGCGGCGGGGAUGAGCGGCUCGAAGCCCCGCGUGGCGCCGGCGGGGGGCUCUGGCGCCGGGGCGCUGAGCCGCCUUCCAGGCCGGCGGGGCUCCGGAGACGCCUCCUCGCAAGUCGCCGGAGGGGCUCCGCUGAGGCCCACGGCCGCUUUGGCCCGGACGGAGGCAGAGCUGCUGGCCCUGGAGGCGGUGCGGCCGGAGCACGUCCUGGGCCUCAGCCGCGUCACGGAGAGUUAUCUCUGCCGACCGGAGGACAAUGUCUACAACAUCGACUUCACCAAGUUCAAGAUCCGGGACCUAGAAACGGGGACAGUGCUUUUUGAAAUUGCCAAACCUUCAGCUUUAGAGCCAGAGGAGGAUGACAAUGAUGUUGGAGAGAUAGACACCAGUGCCGGGCGUUUUGUUCGCUAUCAGUUCACUCCUGCUUUUCUGCGCCUCCGGACUGUUGGUGCAACCGUGGAGUUCACUGUGGGAGACAAGCCUGUAUCAAACUUCCGCAUGAUUGAGAGACAUUAUUUCCGAGACCGGCUUCUCAAGAACUUUGACUUUGAUUUUGGCUUCUGUAUCCCCAGCAGCAGGAAUACCUGUGAGCACAUCUAUGAGUUUCCCCAGCUAUCAGAGGACCUCAUCCGUCUGAUGGUUGACAACCCCUACGAGACCCGCUCAGACAGUUUCUACUUUGUAGACAACAAGCUGAUCAUGCACAAUAAGGCUGACUACGCCUACAAUGGGGGCCAGUAGCCAUUGCAGUUGCAUCUGUUGGACACUGCACUACUGCUAGUUAUCCUGAGCGUGCAGGAGAAGAGCUGAAAAGCCAUUCCCGACUCCCAAGUCCACUUCUGGAACAUUCCGCAAGGCUCAAGGAGUAAUGUUGAAGGGGCUGAUAUGACGACGUAUGUGAGAGUAAAGGAGAUAUCCUUGCAAGUCUGUCCUUUCCAACAUUGUUCUUUCCUCAGCCUCUGCUUAGUUUUCGUUGGUAUCCUGGUCAGUUAACAGGUCAGGCUAUCUGUGAAAUGCUAACUGGAGUAGCAGUUCUUAUAGUCAACAAUCUUGGCCAGUAUUUUUUGUGUGCUCUUCUCACUCCCUAAUUCCUCCCGUCUCCCUUGAGAUCAGGGAGCACAGUUCCACGGAAUGCAGCUGUUGCCUUAAGUAGCCAAUGAAAUGUAGAUAGCAGUCCCCCAUCAAGAGGGACAAAGUAGGGCUGGUCAGUCAUUUUGGCAACAUCAUUGGUUCAGCUUGUUUGGCUGGCUGGAAGUGUGACAUGAUACAACAAACUUUUAAAAACGGGAAGGACUUUGAAAUGAGGGGAUCCAGGUUGCAGAUGGACUGGACUGCUUGUGAAGUCAUGGAUAUAGCUGUAUUGGUCACCCCUGACGGUGGCUAACCUUCUGUGCAUCUCACUAACUUGGACUGUGGCUCUGUGUGAGAUCUUUGAAAGGUCAAAGGCUGUUUCUGUCUAAUAGUUGCAGGGAGGCUGUGACCAGUGUUUUCGCCUGCUCCAUCUUGCCUCUUGACUUCUGUGUCAGUUUUGCUCUUGCCUGGGAGGUGGGUGCAUGGAAAAUGUAGGUAAGCAUUUCUGGGAACCUGGAGUUGCCGGAGGAAAGUACCAAAGCACAGAACUGGAGUUUUCUUCUGUGCAUGUUGGAAACACAAUAAAACCUCAAUGGUAUUACUGGUAUUACCAGCCUGGGUUACUUGGGCUGGCGCUUCAGCUCAUGCCACUGUCAAACUGGUCUAUGAGAAAUAGCCUUUCUACUUGACCUUCAGUUAAAAGAAAGGAAAUAAGGCACUCUUAAACCAUGUAGCUCUGGGCUUUUUUCCUCUGCUUUUCCUGUUUCAUUGGCUCUGUUGAAAUAGAUAAUACAAGAAUCCAGCUAGCUUUUGCUAUUGAGAUACAGCAUUUCCUGUUGGUUAGGACCACAUAGUUCUGUUGGCUCUGUGAGCAGACAAAUGGAUGACUUCUUGAGUCGGUGAGAUGGGCGUCUUGCCCUCAUAGCUGCCAUAUGUGAUCACCCCCCUUCCCAGUCCAAAUCUUGCCUUGCUCCCAAGCAAGAUUCUGUUUCCUACACCAGAGGAAAACUAUCUGUUGGAAUGCACCAGGAUCAAGGCCCUUGUGAUCAGCUGCUGGCUAUGCCAUCUGGUGAUCUGUCUCAGAGGCUGCUUCAGUAAAAAGCAGACUGCACCAGAGAAGUGUUAUAGGCUCUUGAGACCAGCCCUUGGGGGUGGGGGUAGUCUGCACUUUCCAAAGAAAUACAUCUCUGAGCAGCAGGGGGAGAUGGCAGCAGUGACCAAAAGAAAGCCCAAGCUUGGUUUUAUUUUAAAUUGUCAAGGUUGGGCAUUCUGUUGUUGCUGUGUACCUCCAUGCCAUUUUUUACUUAUGGUGACCCUAUCGUGGUUUGUUUUUGUUUUUUGCCAUUCUGAGAGAGAGUGAGUUGCCCAGGGUCACCCAGUGGGUUUUCAUGCUUGAGCAGGGAUUUGAACCCUGGACCAAUGGACCAAUGCUCAAACCACUAUGCCACACUGGCUCUCAGGGCAUUCUAAGCAUCCCAAAAUGUUGGGGGUGUAAUGGAGACUGAAAGAGGCAGAGUUUCAUGUGUGUAGUCCCUCCCCCCCCAAAUGUGGUCUGAAGUGAGGGUGCCUCGUGCGCUUCUUCCACAUCCUUCACUGUGAUCCAGUCAUCUGAAUGAUGACAAUACCCGUUUUGCUGCAGCCUCCUUGCUGGUCGCUACAAAAAGGUGCCUUUUAUCCUUGCAUCCAGGACUGCAUAAAAGGAGCACAGAAAGUUGUCGUUCCUCAUUCCCCAAGAGGCUGAGGAAUCGAACAUGGUUAAACACCAGGUGCCUUUUCAGUGUCCUUCUGUGUUGCUCAGGCUUCUACCUGCAAUGAUCUCCCUGCUUCCAGCAAUCCCAGAUGCAAUGGGGCAGCCUUGGCCAGGGGUAGGUACUGUACUGUUUUCUGUUCACACAGGAGCUACAUGUGUCCUUCAGGACAAUGGUUGCUGAGCCACCUGUCUCUUAGCAAUAAGAAACCCUCCAAACAGAAAUGGAAAUAUGAGGGGGGUCCUUGCUUGUGAAAUCAUACUGGUUACUUCUUUGCUGGACCAAACGUUUCAAAGGGAGCAGGCAGUCUCCUGAUGCCUUGGAUAACAUGAGCCUGGGUGCCACUUUGACACUCUUUGAGACACUUGUGUCAUAAGGGGAUGCUGGAUUGCCCUUUGCUUUUUAUUCCAGGACCUGUAGGAUUGGUAGGGCUGGUCUGAAAACUGGUGUUUCUUGAACAAAGUUGGUCCUCCUGUCAUGCUGGCAGCAUCUCCAGCUGAAGAGAGGUGGGCUCUCUUUUGUCCAUGUCAACCAAAGUGUUUGCAAAGGGGAAGCUGGUGGAAGGAUAGCAUCCGUCCAAAGAAGGAGGUGUUGAAGCCUAUAACAGAGGAAUGAGCCAAUUUUCAAGCAGUGCUCCCUCUUUGGUAACGCUUCCUACCCACUCCUUUGCAUAAGACUUGGUGAUGGCCUCUGGUACCUUAGGCCUGUGGCUGAGGAAAUCUAGACCAAAGUGUCAGCCUCCCUGCUUUGGCUUUAAAUCUGUUGUGUCCUCCUUGCGUGUGUUUCCUUCUCAUCUCACUAGAGACAUUAAAAACAAAACCAAUGACGGGCUCUUUGUGCUGGGCACCCGAGCUUGGAAGGUUCAUUUUGGUCCCCCGUUUUGAGGGAUGGCACAAAGAAACGGUUUUGAAAGCACGAAAUGUCAGCUGGGAAGGGAAUCGGCUUCUGUUACGUCCGCCUUAAGGUUUGGUUAUGCCCUCACUAUAUUUUGGGGUCAGUUUCAUGGGUGGCCAUCAUCCCUUUGGAAGUAUUGUCUUAAAAUGGCCCCACUCUAAGCAAUGGGGGCAUGUUACAUUAAUGAUUCUUGGCUUGUUUUGUUAAGGCAGAGAAAACCUGUAUGGACUUCUUCUCUUUUUUAUACCUGUGAGAUCCAGGCAAGGCUUUGGCUUGCCAGGCAUGACAGUAAGGAAUGAGUGUUCCAGUGGCGACAGCAAGAGAAACUAGGGGCAGCAAUGGGAGCAAAAGUAGUGUUGAGCUUCCCACACGAUUCAGACAAUAGCAUUGGGGCUCUGAAUUGCGCUCAUUUUCUUCUUUCCAAUGGGCUUUGGGCUCAGUGGUGGUCUUGGCUGUCUGUUCCCUUUGAACCAUGUACAUUUCAGAAGAGAUCUUGGCCAUUUUCUAUUUUUCUGUGAAGGUAUUUUUCCAUAAAGAGUGGCAAGUGUCAAAGAGCUCUGUGCGAUUUCCCCCACCAGCGUUGAACCUUUGUCAUGCCACAUCAUGAUGUGUUGUCUCUCCUCGAUUGGCAAUAAACUACUUGACCUAUUUGUAUAAAAACGUUAUUUUGUCACAAGCGCUAGUAAUAAAACACCCUAAACUUUUA